AUGCUCAUCGAGUGAGGAUCAGCUGAUACCUACAUCCGGGACACUUUCAGCUAGAGGCGACUGCGGAGCCUCACGCUUAUCCUAAGUUUCAGUUAUUUAUGGGUUUAUUUAUUGUGGGAUAGACGAUUUGAUAUCACACCCACUGUUUUUUUGUAGAUUGGCUCUCUGCCGGAUUUGUUUGUUUUUCGUGCUUUGUUCGGCUGGCCGGAUAGUUCUCGUUUGACACUUCAGUCAUGGCGCUCAGCGAUGCCGACGUACAGAAACAGAUCAAACACAUGAUGGCCUUCAUUGAACAGGAGGCCAAUGAGAAGGCAGAGGAGAUUGAUGCCAAGGCUGAGGAGGAGUUCAAUAUCGAGAAGGGCCGCCUUGUGCAGACGCAAAGGCUGAAGAUCAUGGAGUACUACGAGAAGAAGGAAAAGCAGAUCGAGCAGCAGAAGAAGAUUCAGAUGUCCAACCUGAUGAACCAGGCCCGGCUGAAGGUCCUGAAGGCCCGCGAUGACAUGGUUUCGGACUUGUUAAACGAGGCUCGUCAAAGGCUGGCAGUCAUCGCCAAAGACCCGGCAAGGUACACCAAUCUGCUAGAGGGGCUAGUUCUGCAAGGCUUCUACCAGCUCUUGGAACCCAAAGUAACCAUCCGCUGCCGUAAGCAGGACGUGAAACUGGUGCAGGCCGCUAUACAAAAAAACAUCCCCAUCUACAAGAAUGCUGUGAAGAACAAUCUUGAGGUCCGCAUCGACCAGGAGAACUUUCUCUCCCCGGAAAUCACCGGAGGCAUUGAGAUGUACAACGCAGAUGGGAAGAUCAAGGUGUCUAAUACUUUGGAGAGCAGGCUGGACCUCAUUGCCCAACAGAUGAUGCCUGAAAUUCGAGUGGCUCUCUUUGGUGUUAACCAGAACCGCAAGUUCAUGGACUAAAACUGGACUAAAUUAUUGGUUAAAGAAACAUGCUGUUUUCUGUGAUGUGUAUUUCAUUAUGUACAAUGUUGUAAUUCUGUGUCUGUGUUAUAUAAAAACACUCAAUCAAAUUGUUUCUUUAUUUUAAUACAUAUACAUUUAAGUGUGUCUGUGCACCAAAGGAAGUAAUAAAUGAUUGUUGUAAAUGAACUCAGUCGGUCACAUGCAUGGCUGUGUGACCAAGACUGCAAGUCACAUGAUGUGGACUCACCUGCCAAUCAAAAGACAGGGUAGGAUUGUCUAAUUUGGUGAGGUACUGACACUCAGGGCUGGCUGAAUGUUUCUUGGUUUUUGACAGGAGAAUUCAUGUUACAAGUGGGAAAGAAAACAUUUGAAAUAAGUGCCCUGUUCCCCUAGUGCUUUGAUCCUCCUCUCAUUCCGUAUUCCAGACACCAAGCUGUUUGUGUUCAGUCUGUGUCUAUAGGCUGGUGUUCUAGAGGAGACUUUUGUGUGAGGAGAGAAGGUAUUUACUGCAGGCUUGUGCUUUUCCCUUCUACACACCGUUUCCUUGCAGGUUGUGUUCAAGUGCUGACCUAUUCUGUUCUGUUCCCAUACCCCUGUACCUACAUAACCCUAACUCUCUGUCCUGGCGUUGUAAAGAAUACCUUUCAAUGUAGUCAAGUUCCACACUGUUCAUAUAUAUCAUAUACUGUGUGUAUAUAUGGGUCUAAAAUUAAAGAAACCAUACUUGUC